AUGAUUUUUUUAAAGGAUAAUUUUGGAACUACUAUAUCAAAAAUAAAAAUGUCAAGAGGAUUUCAUGAAGAUUAGCAGUUUAAAAAAGAAUUUUUAUAAAUAGUUGAUGCACAUGGUGGUGAGAAUUGUAGACAUUGGACAAAAGUAGCAAGAGUAUAUUUUGAAACAACAGGGAUAUAAGUGAAUUAGACUUAUAAAUUAAGAAAGAGAUGGGAAACAUUGACUGGAUAUAAAGAGAAUUUAAGUGAAGAGCAAGCAAAGAUUUUAUAUGAGACAGGAAUUAAAUGUAGAGGAAAUAAUAAAGGAGGAUUAUAGAAUUUUACAUAAUAAACAGGUGUUAGGUAUUAUUAGUUAAUAUAUGAUAAUAGAAUGUAUUUAGGUAGAUAUACAAAAACUAUAUCUAAAUGGUUAAGAGGAGCAAUAAAAUUAUUUUAGGAAAUGUAUAUUCAUGAUAAGAAAACAAGGUAUAGAAGAUUAGAUGAAGAUAAUUAUCGUUUAUCAUAUGUUUCAAUUCAUAUAAUGUUAAGAGCAGUAGAUGUUAAUGAUAUAGGAGAUGAUCCAAUAUUUUAGGAAUUAAAAUAAUGUGCAAUUAAAUUAGAAUAACUAUUAUUAUUACAUGCUAAAAUUAAUAAAGAAUUCGAUAAAAGAGAAAAUUAUGAAAAUUAUGAUAUUUAUAAAAACUUUUUAAGUAGAUGGUAAUUCAGAAGAAUCAUGUUCUUUUUAGAUUAUGUUAAUGAAUUAAAAUAAAUUAGUAUCAGUUAUUAUAAAGAAUUGGUUAUAUUAGCUCAUCCUUUAUUAAAAUAAUCGAUAGAGUUGAAUAAGUAGACUGAAAUCUAUUAGAAAAUAAUUCUAGAAUCAGAUUGGUAAUCUAAAUAUCAGUUAUAUAAUUUAUGUUAAGCUUUAUAAGAGAAUUAAGAAUAUUCAAUGUUAAUUAAAAAGGCAUCAAAGAAAUAAAAAGAAUAAAUAAAUAAAGAUCCAUAAGAGAAAUCUUUAGAUGUAGAUAAUAAUAAUAUUAAGAAUGAUAAUAUGUUAUAAGGAUAUGAUGUAGUAUCAAAAUCAGUUCAUAAAGUAUGUAAUAAAAUGGCACAUGCAAGAAUAACUCCAACAGAAAAAUAAAAAUUAAGAACAUUUAGAGGACAUUAUGUUAGACCAGGUUAGAUUAAAUCAAAGGGUUGGACUACAAUAUUAUUUGAUCAUGAUUUACCUUCANUCAAAAAUAAAAAUGUCAAGAGGAUUUCAUGAAGAUUAGCAGUUUAAAAAAGAAUUUUUAUAAAUAGUUGAUGCACAUGGUGGUGAGAAUUGUAGACAUUGGACAAAAGUAGCAAGAGUAUAUUUUGAAACAACAGGGAUAUAAGUGAAUUAGACUUAUAAAUUAAGAAAGAGAUGGGAAACAUUGACUGGAUAUAAAGAGAAUUUAAGUGAAGAGCAAGCAAAGAUUUUAUAUGAGACAGGAAUUAAAUGUAGAGGAAAUAAUAAAGGAGGAUUAUAGAAUUUUACAUAAUAAACAGGUGUUAGGUAUUAUUAGUUAAUAUAUGAUAAUAGAAUGUAUUUAGGUAGAUAUACAAAAACUAUAUCUAAAUGGUUAAGAGGAGCAAUAAAAUUAUUUUAGGAAAUGUAUAUUCAUGAUAAGAAAACAAGGUAUAGAAGAUUAGAUGAAGAUAAUUAUCGUUUAUCAUAUGUUUCAAUUCAUAUAAUGUUAAGAGCAGUAGAUGUUAAUGAUAUAGGAGAUGAUCCAAUAUUUUAGGAAUUAAAAUAAUGUGCAAUUAAAUUAGAAUAACUAUUAUUAUUACAUGCUAAAAUUAAUAAAGAAUUCGAUAAAAGAGAAAAUUAUGAAAAUUAUGAUAUUUAUAAAAACUUUUUAAGUAGAUGGUAAUUCAGAAGAAUCAUGUUCUUUUUAGAUUAUGUUAAUGAAUUAAAAUAAAUUAGUAUCAGUUAUUAUAAAGAAUUGGUUAUAUUAGCUCAUCCUUUAUUAAAAUAAUCGAUAGAGUUGAAUAAGUAGACUGAAAUCUAUUAGAAAAUAAUUCUAGAAUCAGAUUGGUAAUCUAAAUAUCAGUUAUAUAAUUUAUGUUAAGCUUUAUAAGAGAAUUAAGAAUAUUCAAUGUUAAUUAAAAAGGCAUCAAAGAAAUAAAAAGAAUAAAUAAAUAAAGAUCCAUAAGAGAAAUCUUUAGAUGUAGAUAAUAAUAAUAUUAAGAAUGAUAAUAUGUUAUAAGGAUAUGAUGUAGUAUCAAAAUCAGUUCAUAAAGUAUGUAAUAAAAUGGCACAUGCAAGAAUAACUCCAACAGAAAAAUAAAAAUUAAGAACAUUUAGAGGACAUUAUGUUAGACCAGGUUAGAUUAAAUCAAAGGGUUGGACUACAAUAUUAUUUGAUCAUGAUUUACCUUCAAGUUAAGAUGAAAAAGAAAUAGAUGAUUAAUAAAAUUUUAGUAAUUUAGAUAUGAAAGAACUCUCUAGAAUUUAUAAUAAUAAUUUUGAAAAAGACAUUGGAAAAUUGUAGAGAAAAUAAAAAGAAAAAAAAUUAAAAAAAAAUAAACCAUAUGCAUUUUGA